AUGAAAGGAACUACUUUUCUUCUCACUCUAGUCAUAAUGGCUUUAGCAACUUCUAUUGCCUCUGCCUAUGAUCCAAGCCCUCUCCAAGACUUUUGUGUAGCAGUAGAUGACCCAAUCAAAGCUUUGUUUGUGAAUGGAAAAUUUUGCAAGAACCCAAAGAUGGCCAAUGCAAAUGAUUUCUUCUUCCCAGGGCUCAACAUUCCCGGGGAUACUAAUAAUCCAGUUGGCUCCAAUGUCAACGCGGUCGAUGUGACUAAAAUUCCAGGACUCAACACUCUUGGAAUAUCUUUUGUUCGUAUUGACUAUGCACCAUACGGCCAAAACCCACCUCACACUCACCCUCGUGGCACGGAAAUUCUUACGGUGGUUGAGGGAACACUGUACGUAGGUUUUGUUACGUCGAACCAAGAUGGAAACCGUCUCUUUACAAAGGUUUUAAACAAGGGAGAUGUGUUUGUUUUCCCAAUUGGAUUGAUUCAUUUUCAGGCCAAUAUAGGACACUAUCCAGCAGUGGCAUUUGCUGCACUCAGUAGCCAAAACGCUGGAACCAUAACCAUUGCUAACACCGUGUUUGGAUCAACCCCUCCGAUUAAUCCUGAUGUUCUUGCACAGGCCUUCAAAUUGGACAAGAAUGUUGUCGAAUAUCUUCAGAAACAGUUCUGA